GUACGUGUUUGUUAGCUCAUUAUUGUCUCGGUUAAGGUUUACGUUGCCAUCUAGAUAUGGCACUUAGUAACCAGCUACUGCCCGAGUAAAUACGAACAUUUUCCCGCAGACAGAUUUCGAGAUUUUACAGAGCUGCUGUUCCAAAUGAUGUUAGAUACUAAGCAAUUUUGCCGUUUUAAUGACUUGAGGGUUUAUGUUGCAGAAUGAGGCAGAGAAGGCUAUCAAAAGGAUUCAGGCUCAGAAAGGAGUGGAAGGAGUAAUCGUGGUUAACGCAGAAGGCAUCCCCAUAGAAAGCAAUCUAGACCACCAACGUACACUUCACUACACCUAUAAUUUCCAACAGCUGCUCACCAGAACUCAGAGAGUGAUGAAGGACCUUGACCCUCAGAAUGAAGCCACCCUUCUGGAUGUUCAAACAGAGAAAAAUAAUAUUCUGAUUUCCACAGCCAAGGACUAUUUUAUGAUUGCCAUUAAAAAUUCUAGAGAAGGGCCCUGAAUUCUUCAUUUUCUUCAUUAUUUAUUCUUCAGUAUUUUAUUUUUUUUCCUAAUUAAUGGGCAAAAGUAUUACAUUCCAUGUUCCAGGAAAGUUACGUUUAUAUAUAACACAGUUACGGUGACGUAAGAAGCUUCCAUUAUUAUAAAUAAUGAAUGUACUGCCUUUGCUUAUUCUAAUAGUUUGCUCUUUUGUUUGUAGUUUAUUGUUCUCAUAUUCUCUUUUGUAAGUACUCCAGCUGUUCAUCAUCUGGAGGCAUCAGCAUGACACUAUACCAUACCGUACCUUUUUAUGUAUGCAAAAAAGCAAAA